UCCUGAGAAAAAUUCUUCCAAUUGUUUUUCCUCUGUUAGAUGAGUGAAUUUGGGGAGGUCCUGGAGCUGCUGCUGGCACAUCGAUGGUUGUUCCAGUCUCCUGUCACCAAAAUUCUGGUAGAUCAAGUGUUGGAUAAAUUUCCAGAGGGUUGGGCUGACGCGUUGGAGUCGUUGACGAUUGAGGAGCUCAAUGCAAUGGUGAUUGGUGGGUUAGUCAGGGAAGAUUGGCCUUCUAGUCUUGUUCAAUUUGUGAGGAAGUGUGAGGAGAUCAGGAAAGAACUCUCGAAAGACUCCUUUGCUCUUGAUGCUGGGGUGGACAGGAUGGAAAAGAUUCCGAAGGAAUUGAUACGAGGGCUGAGUGAGAAGAAGCAACACGAGGCACUUCUCCUAGGUCAGCUGACCCACGAAAUAUCUGAAGAGGAGGGACUAGAGCUCAUCGUAGACCUGGGGGCUGGAUUGGGCUACGUGUGUCAACUCCUUCAUCAUCUCUUCAACUACAAAGUCCUAGGACUGGAGUCCAACCCCAGGAUUGUGGCCACCGCAAAUAAUCGUAGGAAUACCCUCUACCCUCUCUCCAGGUCCUCAGUGAAUUAUUCCUGUCUGAGGGUCUCUGAGGACUCUUCGGGGGAAAUAGAAAAGCUCGUGGAAGACUUUACAGGUGAUGAGAACACAAAUUUCUGCCUCAUUGGUCUGCACUCGUGUGGAGACCUGAGUAAUAAUGCCCUCAGACUCUUCAAGGAGAUGAAUAGGGCGAGGGUCCUCGUCAUGAUGUCCUGCUGCUACCACAAGAUCGAGUGGCUGGAGGACGAAACGAGAUUUAAAAAUUUUCCCAUGUCCCGGGGACUGCAACAGGAAUUGGAAAGACUUGAGAAUUUUCAGGGGGUGCGAGAAGUCCUUGGACGCCCUUUCAUGAGACUCGCCUGUCAGGAACCCUCGGAGAAGUGGCAGGACAUGACACCAGAGGAUCAUGGCGUGCAUUCCAUCUGUGUUAUUGCCAGAGGAGUUUUGGAAUUGUUCUGUCAUAGAAACAAUAUUAAACUGACAAAAAUGAGGAGGAAAUCAGCUAGACAAUCCCAGUGCCAGAAUUUCGAGGCAUAUCUCCGGAAUUUCGUUCUGCGUUAUAAUUUCGAUGGACAACCACUUGAUGAAAAAUAUUACGAAGAAAUUACUCAACUCUGGGAAGAGAACAAAUCGAAAUUACGAUUGGCUGAAAUUUACACAGGACUUCAGCUGCUUCUCCAGGCGUCUGCUGAAUAUCUGGUACUGAAUGACAGAAGAUUUUGGCUGAAGGAACAGGGAUUUUCCAACACGAGAAUUCUAUCAGUCUUAGAUAGGAAAUUAUCUCCCAGGUCUCACGCAAUUAUUUCUUCAAAAACCAACCCACAAUUCUCUGAAUGUCUACAUUAAUAAUUCAGAGCUUUGGA